CAGCCGCCAAGAUGGCGCCGUCUAGUGGCGGCCUCGCGCGGUCCUCGUUCUUCGCCGCCUCUGCCGCCGCCGCCUCCUCCUCCUCCGUCCCUGCCGCCGCCGCGAGGGAUGCCCAGGCCGGCCGGGUGAGGAAAACGACUUCCAUGGCGUUUGGAGACCGGCUCCCGACUCAGGAUCGUUCCCGGGCCAGUAAUUUUGAACUCCAGCACAGACUGCUGAAGUGCAGAUAGCAGAGCUGAGACGAGAAGCCGGGAACCUUUUUUUUGGAAGAGGGCGGGGCUGUCCCGGGAAUGACCAGUUUGGUGAGCCAUGAUUCCUGUCACGGAAUUGCGCUACUUUGCCGAUACCCAGCCGGCGUACCGCAUUCUGAAGCCCUGGUGGGACGUCUUUACGGACUACAUCUCCAUCGUGAUGCUAAUGAUCGCGGUAUUUGGUGGGACCCUCCAGGUCACCCAGGACAAAAUGAUUUGCUUGCCUUGCAAAUGGGUCACCAAAGACGCUUGCAACGAUUCUUCCCGCGAAUGGACGGCUACAAACCUGGACUCCGGAUACUAUAAUGCUUCCCUGGGGACGCCCCUGGACCCUGGGCCCACCGGGAUCAAAUACGAUCUCGACCGUCAUCAAUAUAACUACGUGGAUGCCGUGUGUUACGAAAACCGCCUUCACUGGUUUGCCAAAUAUUUCCCCUACCUCGUCCUGCUGCACACCCUGAUUUUCUUGGCUUGUAGCAACUUCUGGUUCAAAUUCCCCAGGACAAGCUCCAAGCUGGAGCACUUUGUCUCCAUCCUCUUGAAAUGCUUCGACUCUCCGUGGACCACGCGGGCUCUGUCCGAGACGGUGGUGGAGGAAAGCGACCCUAAGCCGGCCUUCGGGAAGAUGAACGGCUCGAUGGAGAAGAAGUCUUCCAACGUCAGUGAAGAUGUGGAAGCCACCGCCCCGAUGCUACAAAGGACCAAGUCUCGGAUCGAACAAGGCAUCGUGGACCGUACAGAGAACGGCGUCCUGGACAAGAAGGAAGGGGAGCAAGCCAAAGCGCUCUUUGAGAAGGUCAAGAAGUUCCGGACCCACGUGGAAGAAGGAGACAUUGUCUACCGCCUCUACAUGAGGCAAACCAUCAUCAAGGUCAUCAAGUUCAUCCUCAUCAUUUGCUACACGGUCUACUACGUCAACAACAUCACCUUUGACAUCGAUUGCAAAGUGGACAUCGAGAGCCUGACCGGCUACCGCAUGUACCGCUGCGCUCACCCCCUGGCGACCCUCUUCAAGAUCUUGGCGUCCUUCUACAUCAGCCUGGUGGUCCUCUACGGCCUGAUCUGCAUGUACACCCUUUGGUGGAUGCUCCGGAGAUCCCUCAAGAAGUACUCCUUCGAGUCCAUCCGGGAGGAGAGCAGCUACAGCGACAUUCCCGACGUCAAGAACGACUUCGCCUUCAUGCUCCACCUGAUCGACCAAUACGACCCUCUCUACUCCAAGCGUUUUGCCGUCUUCCUCUCGGAGGUGAGUGAAAACAAGCUCCGGCAGCUGAACCUCAACAACGAAUGGACGUUGGAGAAGCUGCGCCAAAGAAUCACCAAGAACUCCCAGGACAAGCUGGAGCUGCACCUGUUCAUGCUCAGCGGUAUUCCCGACACAGUCUUCGACCUGGUUGAGCUGGAGGUCUUGAAACUGGAGCUCAUUCCUGAUGUCACCAUCCCGCCCAGCAUCGCCCAGCUCACCAGCCUCAAGGAACUCUGGCUGUACCACACGGCGGCUAAAAUCGAGGCCCCGGCUCUGGCCUUCUUGAGGGAGAACCUGAAAUCCUUACACAUCAAGUUCACGGACAUUAAGGAGAUUCCCUUGUGGAUUUACAGCUUGAAGACCCUGGAAGAACUUCAUCUCACGGGGAACCUGAGUGCCGAGAACAACCGCUACAUUGUGAUUGACGGCCUGCGGGAGCUGAAGAGGCUCAAAGUCCUGAGGCUGAAGAGCAACCUGACCAAGCUGCCCCAGGUGGUGACGGACGUGGGCGUCCAUCUGCAGAAGCUCUCCAUCAACAACGAAGGCACCAAGCUCAUGGUCCUCAACAGCCUGAAGAAGAUGGUCAACCUGACGGAGCUGGAGCUCAUCCGCUGCGACCUGGAGCGCAUCCCUCACUCCAUCUUCAGCCUCCACAACCUGCAGGAGAUCGACCUCAAGGACAACAACCUCAAGACCAUCGAGGAGAUCAUCAGCUUCCAGCACCUCCAUCGCCUCACCUGCCUUAAACUCUGGUACAACCAAAUUGCCUACAUCCCCGUGCAGAUCGGCAACCUUACCAACCUGGAGCGCCUCUACCUGAACCGCAACAAGAUUGAGAAGGUGCCCACCCAGCUCUUCUUCUGCCGGAAACUUCGCUAUCUGGAUCUCAGCCACAACCUCUUGAAUUGCAUACCGGCGGAAAUCGGGGCGCUGCAGAACCUGCAGAACUUGGCGGUGACGGCCAACAGGAUCGAGGGUCUCCCCGCCGAGCUGUUCCAAUGCCGGAAAAUACGGACUUUACACCUGGGCAACAACGUCCUGCAGUCGCUGCCAUCCCGGGUGGGCGAGCUGACCAACCUGUCUCAGAUCGAACUGCGGGGCAACCGCUUGGAGUGCCUGCCGGUGGAGCUGGGCGACUGCCCCUUGUUGAAGCGCAGUGGGCUGGUGGUAGAGGAGGACCUUUUCAACACGCUGCCCUUGGAGGUCAAGGAGAGGCUUUGGAGGGCGGACAAAGAGCAAGCUUGAAGCCUUGCCGGACGAAGUUGAUUCCGCUGAGCUGGGGAGCUGCAGGCUCGCCCGUUUCCCGUCUCUGACCAAGGGGGUUCCAGGGGACCCUGGACUCACAUACCCCCCGCUUCCCCUGGCCCCCUGCUCUGGAGACCCUCAUGCUGAGGGGCAUGGCUCCCUGACUGACAGCCCAGAAGGAUCAGGAGUGGCUGGGAAAACGAGACUCUUCCCUGCUUCAGGAAGGAGAGGAGGAGCAGAAGAGACUGGGGAAGGAAGGGAUCUUGGUCCGUGGCUCUCUGCGGGGCAGGAAGUGGGAACUGGUCCCCGUCCCCCUCCCUGCUAGAAAGGAGACUGGGGCUGGCGUGCUCGGCUGUGUGUUGGGGCAGAGAGCCUGAUUCCGCUGCUGUUUCGUGUGGUUGGGACCGUCCUUGAGUGCUGCACCCCAUCCGAAGGGAAGAAUGGCGUCCGGCUGUCCAGCUACGCGUUGCCCCAAGUCCAAUCCUAACUCCCAGCAAUGACCCUCUCCAAGGAAUGGAUCGGAGAAGAUCCAGCCUUCAUUUUUCUUUUUUUUUCCCCACAGUGGCAUUUUUUUUUUUAAAAAAAAAAGUACUUUACUUUAGAAUCCUAUUUGCAAAAGUCUGACUUACCCCACCCAGCCCCCCUUCGUCCUGGAGUUUCCCCCCCACCCCCAAAUUUGAGAUUUCCCCAAAUCUUGAUGGCUUUGGUUCCGACAGAAGAGUGUGAGAUCAAAGAAUUUCCACGUUGAAGGAUGCCAGCCUGUAUUUUUCCGUUAAAAGAAAAAAGAAAAAACAGUCUUAGCAGUUGCAGAAACAUUCAACGCUGGGGUGGGCAGGAGAAAUUCAGUUUAAUUUUUAAACUGACGCUUGACAUUCCUUAUAAGACUUAAAACACGGCUACAGUUGAGGGGAACUGGGGUCAAAACACUAAACCAGAAUCCUUAACAUGCGUAACCUGCUACCAGCAUCUUUCCAUGAGAUUUAAGACUCCGUCAAUGUUCCCUCUUCCCUUUAUGGCUUUUUUUUAAAAAAAAAAUAACAGCUGGUCUGUUUUCAUUUUUGAAGCCUCGGUUGUCCAAAGAGACAGGUAUUUUGCCUCCGUGAUCUGGCUCGACGCAGCACCAAGUCUUAAAAAAGGCGUGGCCGAAAAUUCAGGGCAGGGGUUGGGGAGAGGUGGAGUUGGUUGCGAGGUUUGAGGGGAGGGACGCAUUUCUUCGUGAGGAAGCGAGGAAGGAGUCGAAUUUGCACUAUUGUCCAGCACGCCUGUCCUAGUGAAAAAUGAAUUAUUAUUAUUUUUUACCCCUGUGCGCUCCCCCCACACACACGUGGCCUAAACUUUCCAUCUCUUGUUUGCAACUGGAAAAUUGCACCUGCCAGAGGAGCAAGGAAUUAAGUUCCCAAGGUUCUCGGCCAGGAUGGAGUCACAGUCUCACCCUAUCCAGAAGGACUGGGACUUACUGAAUGUGCAGUUCCAAUAUAUAUAUACACAUAUAUAUAUAUAUACACAAAUAUAUACAUUAAUAUAGCUUAAAACUAAAAUAUCGUAUCUGGAAGAGAGUUGCUCCAUUCCGCUGGAAAUGAAUUGCAUAGGCUGAGAUCUGUGAAGAAGGGUAGAACAGCCGAAGGUUGGUAGCCAUCCCUUGGGGCACCUCUGCUGCUGGCAGGUUGGUCUUGGCCAAUUCCUGAGAGAUGGGGGACACCCGCCCACCCCCGUCUUUUUCUCCCUUCUCCCCCUUUUUCAGCAGCCAAUUGGACAGAGCCAUUGCAAGCUUCCUUGCUGCCUCCGUCCGCCGUAUUAGGAAGGAUUUCUGCAGGCUGGCAAUGCUACCAACGCCCAAAGCGAUGUUAUCCAGGCAUUGUUCGUGUUUAAAAUAAAGCUACUCUUGGAAAUCCUCACAAA